AUGGAAAAGAAAUUCACAAAAGCCACGGACGCGCUGGCCCUCCCCCGUGACACGCGGGCCCACGGGUUUAGCUUAAGGAAGUAUUCCUUGUUCGGACACGCAAACAUUUCCAUGGUCACGCACGCGCGGGCGCUACCCGUCAGUUUUACACCUUUUCAACACGUGGGCUGCUGGAGUCCACCCGUUGAAAUCCUUAACUCACAAGACAAGGCCAGUUAUCUCGGAAGGAUGGAAAACGUUUUGUCAACGGAUAUCAAAGACCAGGUUUUCGAAAGCAUUCACCAUAUCCUGAAUAACAAUGUCGACAAUCCAGAAGCCUUGGAAUUUUUGUUUGUGAGUCAUUUUUCAACGUUAGAAACAAAUCGAAGAGUUUUACCACCGGGCUUAAACGAGCCUUUAUCACGUGAGGAUGUACAUCGGGAACUAAGUGAACGAUUUCUGACGCCUGGCACGUCAUUCCCUGUUUCUUGGCUUUCCAAGUGCCAACAAUAUUGGGAGCGGGAUCCAGAUUUUCUAUCACUUACUUCCUUGGAGCCUUCAAAAUCACGAGUCUCACUAGAAAUUAUAAGAGAAAAACCGGGUGGGAUUAUCACUGUGGUUGGAGAAUCGAAACUGACUCCUCAAAAUUCAACAUCAUUUCUGCGCGAACCGGGGGCCCGUAAUGACUUUGUAAGAGGAAAUUCGAAUUACUAUCCUUUUGCUCCUGGUGGUUUGGAAUCUGAAGUCCUGAUUGACUUGGAAGACGGAGUUUCGAAGGAUCUUGAUAAUGCCUUAAAUUUUGAUGAAGAUGAAAUUCUUUCGGUGCCGCCGGGGUUCGAACGUGGCUUGAUUUUUGAAGAUGAGUCAGCUAAAGAAAGAAAUGCAAAUCAGAAGAAAGCCGUGGCGGGAUUAAAUAUUACAGACAUGAUAAUCCAUGACGAUGAGGAACUCGCCGAGUUAUUUGAACUUAAUGACGCUGAUAUAAAAGAACAAGACUCCGAGUUUGUACCAGCUGAUGAUGAGGAAGAUUUAGAAACUACUCAAUCACAACCUUUUGAGGGUGAUGUGGAAGAUGCAGUUGAUAGCUUGUUACCGGUUCAGUUACCUUCCCUCGAGAAUGCAAAAGUGACCAAUAAACCAAAUGAUAAUGAUGACCAGAAAGGAGAUUGGGCUCAUGUUAUUGAUAUAAACGCAGACAUCUCUAACUUUAGAGAGUUAGUUCCCGAAUUGGCUCGUGAGUAUACAUUUACGCUGGAUUCUUUUCAAAAGCAUGCCAUAUAUCAUAUAGAAAAAGGAGAUUCCGUUUUCGUGGCGGCUCAUACAUCAGCAGGAAAAACUGUGGUAGCUGAGUAUGCCAUUGCUUUAUCGACCAAGCACGAAACGCGGGCAAUUUAUACGUCUCCAAUCAAGGCUCUAUCUAAUCAAAAAUUCAAGGAUUUCAGGAAAGAGUUUGGCGACGUUGGUAUUCUUACCGGCGACAUACAAAUAAACCCUGAAGCUUCGUGUUUGAUUAUGACCACCGAGAUUUUAAGGUCGAUGUUGUAUAGGGGAGCCGAUUUAAUUAGAGAUGUCGAGUUUGUGAUAUUUGAUGAGGUUCACUAUGUUAAUAAUGCAGAGCGUGGUGUAGUCUGGGAAGAAGUUUUAAUCAUGCUUCCCAAAAAUGUCAAGCUUAUUCUCUUAUCAGCCACCGUUCCAAAUACUAAGGAGUUUGCUGAUUGGAUUGGUACACCAAGACGUCCUAUACCACUAGAACAUUACUUAUACGUGGAUAAGGAAAUUUAUAAGAUCGUGGACGAAAAAAAAACGUUUUUGAACGCGGGUUGGAAGCAGGUCAAGGGAGCUCUAGCAAAGGCAACGAAAGGACGCAGCAAAGGUCGUCAGCCCUCUCAUAGGGGCCCCAUUCAUUACCCACCAGGCUAUUUUGUUGGUCUUGUUGGUUUUCUUGAAAAGAAAGAAUAUCUGCCCGCGAUUCUUUUCACUUUUUCUAAACUAAAAUGCGAAGAAUAUGCACAUGGGAUAAAGGAUCUAACCAGCAAAGAAGAUAAGAGUAAAAUUCUUACAUUUAUUAAUAAGAGUCUGACACGGCUAAAAGGAACCGACAGAGAAUUACCUCAGGUGAAGAGAAUUAGUGAGCUGUUAAUAAAAGGUGUCGCCGUACAUCACGGAGGAUUGCUUCCAACUGUGAAAGAGAUAGUUGAACACCUAUUUGAAAAAAAAUUGGUGAAGGUCCUUUUUGCGACAGAAACUUUUGCCAUGGGAAUAAAUAUGCCUGCACGCACAGUGGUUUUUACAGGGAUUACAAAGAAUGAUGGGAAGAGGCGUCGAGAACUAAAUCCAAGUGAAUACACGCAAAUGUCUGGUCGUGCAGGUCGUAGAGGUACCGACAAAACAGGAAUCGUGAUAAUAACUUUUCCUCCGGAAGAUGUUCCCGAGUCGUCAGAGCUCAAUAAAAUGAUUUUGGGCAAAUCGGAAAAGUUGGAGUCGCAAUUUCGUCUUACGUACAAUAUGAUCCUUAAUUUGUUUCGCUUUGAGGUGUUAAACGCUACGGAAAUGAUUGGAUGCAGUUUUUUUGAAAAUGCAAAUCAAAAACAGUUACCGGAGCAUCAGAAGGAGUAUGAGAAGGCUCAAAAAGCUCUUAGAGAAUGCCAGAAACUUGAUUGUGAAAUAUGUAAAGUGGAUAUAAAUGUGUUUUAUGAUAAAUCAGUAGAAAUUUUGAGAUUAAGACAUGAGCUACCAAUUUAUGAUUUUUUGAGAGAAGGGAGAAUCGUGAUCGUCAAUAAUAUGUCUUACAGAAAUGUUCCGGCGGUGGUGUUGAGACGCCCAAUAAAAAAUGUGCUUAAGGUCAUCAUGUUUUUGGAUAAGAAUUUGUCCGAAAAUAGACGAGACCCUGAUGAGUUAGAAUGCCCAGUAUUUUUGCUAAUUAAUAAAGUCUCGGUUCCUGAUCCAAGCGUGUGCAUACCUGAGAUCGAUUCUUUGCUCUGCGACGAUAUUACCCGAGUGACUAAGUCUAUUGUUAAACUGGAUGUUUCGAAAAUAGAACAAAAGGAUCCGCUUGAAAUAUCAAAAUUAAAUCAAGAAUUAUUACAAUAUGCAGCUGAAACCCAAACGAAUGGAAUUACCGAAGUUGAUUCUUUAAAAAAAAAAGACUACAAUUUUCAACUCGGAUGGGCGAGGAAGGACAAGUUAAUGAAUGACCUGAAAAAUCUAAAAUGCCAAAUUUGUCCGGACCUGAGCGAACACUAUCGAAUCAUACAUAAUGAACGUCACCUUAAGAGAAAAGUUGAAGACAGUCAUCGUAUGUUAACCAAAAACCUCGAACUUUUACCAGAAUACAAUCAGAGGGUCGAAGUGCUCGAUAAGUUGGGUUACAUUUCCAAAGAUCACAAUGUUACGUUGAAAGGUCGUUCCGCGUGUGAGAUUAACUCGGCCGAUGAACUAGUUCUGACGGAAUUAAUUUUUAAUAAUGUUUUGAAUAAAUACGAGCCCUCAGAAAUAGUUGCACUAUUGUCAUGUUUUGUGUUUCAAGAAAAGUUAAGAUACAGGACGAAACCAAACUUAACUCCAAAUCUGGAGGAGGGAAUAAACUUUAUCUUGGAGUCUGCCGAGAAAGUUGGACAGAUUCAACUUGAACAUGGACUUCUUGAGGAAGCACCUGAUGACACCGACGACAUACCUAAAGAUUUUAUGACGUCUGAGAAUGAUAAAUUAUCUAACUAUAUUGAGAAAUUCAAGCCUGAUCUUGUUGAAGUCGUGUACGAAUGGGCCCAGGGGAAGUCCUUCAAAGAGGUCAAGGACUUAACUGAAGUUAUGGAAGGUUCCAUUGUUCGAUGUAUUACGCGGUUGGAUGAGACCUGCCGUGAAGUAAGAAACGUGGCUCAGAUCAUGGGUAAUCAAACUUUGGUCAAAAAGAUGGAUGAGGCACGGGUGUUUAUAAAACGCGAUAUCAUAUUUGUUACUAGCCUCUAUCAUCAAGACCAAUCUAUAGACAUAUAA